AACAAGUGUUUAUUGAACGCGCUUUUGCCCUGUACAUAUACUUUACAACAAAAAAUUUUGUAUUUUGUUAGUGACAAGUUAUAGAAGUGUAAUUGAUAAUUAGUUGGACUUAAGUUGUAGUGUAUAAGAGCGUUAUCGAAAGCAAGUGCUUAUAGUGUGCUUGUGUAACAUGCUAGUAUGGCUUCAUCGCAGCUCCAAAUCCGCCCGCCAAUGGGUCUCCUGACAACGGUGGCAGAUUUGCCACCAAGCUACAAGGCGAGAUACAUAAGCGCUACCAUCAAACUCACCCCCGAGUCGCCACUCGAUUUAACCGUAAAGCAAAGCUUUGGAGGAGCAAUUACACCGCCACUGACGCCAUCGCCGCUGAAGAAGCGUUAUCGUGAGGAAAAUGACGAAAACCACGAUGGCAAUCGCGUCAAGCAGAUUAAGGUCGAAAUUGAAGAGCAGGACAAAAGGGAAACUACACCAGUGAAACCGGUUAAAUCGGCCGUGGCUUCUAGAAAUUCGAAGAAUCCCCCACCGGUCGCCCCAGUGUUGAAAGAGAGACGCACCAAAGCAGCAAGAAAGCUUAAAUUUGACGAAGAGACUACAUCACCCGUUUCGGGUACAAUAAUUAUAUCGCUGGAGGAGGUUAUCAACAGUGAAAUUCCCCGCGAAUCUGGUGAUAUUGAUCCUCAAUUUAAUCUGGUAGAAAUAUCGGACGAAGUUCGAGCUGAGCUAGCAACUAUUCCCAACGUAAUUGGUGCCUAUAAUUGUAAACUAUGUCGCCUUGAGUUUGAGGAUGCUUUUGGCCUCGCCCAGCAUCGGUGUGCAUGUAUUGUUCUUCUAGAAUACCGUUGUCCCGAGUGUAGCAAACGUUUCAACUGUCCAGCAAAUCUUGCGUCACAUCGUCGAUGGCACAAACCACGUGAUCAAGUUGCUAAAAAAGGAGAUACUGGUAAGACUGGUGAGGAUCCUGAGUGUAAAUACCGAUGUGAACAAUGCAACAAAACGUUCAAACGCCCCGCCUAUUUAAAGAAGCAUCAGUUAACGCAUGAAAAAGCUAAAAACAAAUCGAAACAUAUUCAAUCAAGUGCCGAAAGCGAACAUAACGCAACAAACAGCAACGUCUCUGGUGAACGUAGUAGUGGUGAAGAGUCGAACAAUUCUGCUGACAGCCGCAAUACUGUUUAUGUUAAUCAUAUGUCCGAAGCACCACAAACCAUGUUCACGGUAGUAGCUAGUGAGCCUCCACUUCAACAUGAUCUGAUGCAUCAUAACUACCACGCCAACUCCAGAACAUCGCAGCAUUCGUCGACAACAGAAUAUAGCGAAAUGGAUGAAGAUGAUGAUUACGAUGAGCGGGCCUUAGUGAUCAAUGAAGACUACCAGGACGAAAUGGAGGAAAUUCGGUCAGCUUACUGUGACCGUUUCACCGAGGAAGAAAACAUAGCAGCUGCUGCGUUGGCUCAUCUACGCAAUGGACCAUCGGUAAUACGGCAUACCACCGCUUUGGUUGUCUAGGGAACAUAAACUCGUAAGUUGCUUAACAUUAGAUGCUUAAGUACUAUCAAGUUGGUUAACGGCGUUCUGCUCAAUGGAUUGCUUUGCAUAACUUUAGAUUUGUUUUUUUGUAAAUUUUUAAUCACUGAAUCAGCAUCACACCAAAUAAGACUUUAGUCGGCUACUAAGAGAAGACUGUACAUAGCUUUAUAGGGUAAGACUGGAGCAUAGCUCACGAAUAUUAGUAAAAGAAAAGCUUAGACGAAAUGUUCCUUAAUUUGCAGUUGUUUUGGUUGAAGUCACUCGCUAAGAUAUUUCAUUUUAGCUGCUACAGUUUACAUCCGGUCAAGGAAACCUA